AUGUAUACCCUGCGGUACGUCACCCUUCUCUUCACCAGAAGAAAAAGGGUGGCGAGCGUUGUGCGCCUGCCCCUGCUCAGAUGCAUAUAUACAGAUUCGCAUGCAGCUAAAGGGGCAUUAUACCACCACGUUCCUGGAACUUAUCGAUCUGGCCGCAAGCUGUGCUUUCUUUGGUUAACGCCGACGUCACGGACGGCAGCUGAUAGGCAGAAUUCAACUGUGGACGGUCCUCAUUGGUCGGCGAGUCGGUAUAAACGGUGCUUUCACGGUAACCUGUUCCAGUUGUGUUGUUAUCCACUCACUGUACACUUGAAGAAUAGUAUGUAUAAAGUACUUCACAAUCAAGACAUCAAACACGAGUGCUCGCGGUCAGGGGGACUGCACGCGUAUCCUGAUCACUUCAGGGAACCUAAAAAGCUCCACCUCUAAAUCAGCCGUCUGCUAAAUGAUCAUCUAAAGGUUCCUGUCCUCUGGUAGGACUCUGUAAAUAGUGUACAUAUCGCUUUUCUAACAAAGGAUCUCGCUCAGAUAAGCACGAGCAAGCUCGACGGAUCGAACAGUCACGCGGGGAUUGAUAAAAAAGGAGUCGAGAAUACGAAACGUUUGCACUA